AUGGAUGUUAUAUCACCACAGUCGUCAGGUUUUAGUGAGAUUCUACGAGCAAGAGACUCGUGUACACCGGGCAAUGAUUUCAAUGGCAUGAUGGGAGCUAGAAUCUCGUCUAUUUUCGUCAUUUUGCUGGGUGGCUCAUUUGGAGCUCUGUUCCCGAUUAUAUCAUCCAGAAGUACAUGGAUUCGCAUGCCUCCAUAUGCAUACUUUGCUGCUAAAUAUUUUGGAUCUGGAGUGAUUAUUGCAACUGCUUUGAUCCACCUUUUACAACCUGCUAAUGAAGCUCUCUCAGAUCCAUGUCUCGGCGACCAAUGGGCCGAAUAUCCUUAUGCAUUUGGAAUCUGUCUGUUUGUGAUGUUCCUUACCUUUUUACUGGACAUUGUAUCUACCAGAUACUUCGAACAGAUGGGAAUUGUCCAUGACCAUGGGCCUUCUGGUUUGGGUAUUGGUCACAACCAUGCGCAUGAAAUGGGCCAGCCCCAUUUGCAUGAUUUGGGUAUAGAUGUCGAGUCAGAGGCAGCCGUUUCUGCUUCGUUUGGUCCUGAUCAUACCGACAGAGGCAGUGGUGACACAAUGGACAAGACGAACCUCGAUCAAGGACAGAUGCCAUGCAGCGAGGGAGAGGAUCUUGAUCUGUUGAAACAUAGCGAAUAUAAAUCUAUGAUGUCGCAAAUCGGAUCCAUCUUGUUUCUCGAAUUUGGCAUUAUAUUCCAUUCUGUUUUUAUUGGUCUCACACUUGCCGUUUCAGGUGAGGAGUUUAAAACUCUGUAUAUUGUGCUUGUGUUCCACCAGACAUUCGAGGGUCUCGGAUUGGGAACACGUAUUUCCACAUGUCAAUUUCCUGCCGAUAAGGCGUGGGUCCCAUGGGCUCUUGGCGUUGGUUUCGGUCUGACAACGCCCAUUGCCAUUGCUAUCGGGCUGGGUGUAAGACAAACAUACCCACCGAACUCGGCCAUCAACCUCAUCACAAACGGAAUCUUCGACUCGGUCUCAUCAGGAAUUCUCCUCUACGUCGGUCUCGUCGAGCUCAUGGCGAAAGAGUUCCUCCACUCACAAGAUUUCCAGCAAGCCUCGCUCAAAAAAGUUCUCACUGCAUACGCUAUCAUGUGUCUAGGAGCCGGUCUCAUGGCCCUCCUCGGCCGAUGGGCAUGA